GUGCUAAUUGUGAUUAAUUUACUUUAUGUUCUUGUCUGCAGAAUUCCUUUUGUGGAGUAUACAUAUUCAGUUAGGAACGUGAACGGUGUUGUCUUAUAAAUUUUAAUAAUGAUUACAUGUGAUAUAGAUCCUGAUGUUGUUCGAUGGGGUCUCCAAGAUCUACAAGUUUGUGUAUUAGGCCAUUCUGGUGCCAGUGGAAGUGUCACUCAGUAUGACAAAGAUGAUAGUCAAACUGGAUAUAUAAGAGAGGGUUAUCAAGAACCUGAACCUGAACAUGUAAAUGUGGAGAAUGAUGCGGUUAUUGCACAUGCCCUUCAAGAGGAACUUUCACGACUUGCUGCUGCAGAGGCAUCUGGAUUUAACAAUCUUUGCCAAGAUUCCAUUCUUGCUCAAGAUUGGGUUGUUCUUCCCGGAACACAAUGUAGUUCUGGUGGAAAUGAAGUUAAGCAUGGAAAGUGGGAUAUAAAUGAUCCUAUCAUAAGUAGAUGUGAACAAGGUGGUGACUCUGACAUGGGAGACAAAAUUUCUCUAGGUGAAGACAUGUUGCGCAUUGAUAUAAUCGAUCAGUCAUCUGUUAUUGAUGGUCAAGUAGAGAAGAGGUUGAAUGACAUGGUUGCUAUUCCUCAUGUACCUAAAAUUAAUGGAGAAAUACCAUCAGUUGAUGAAGAAACUUCAGACCAUCAAAGGCUGCUUGAUAGGUUGCAGUUGUAUGGUCUGGUUGAGAAUAAGGUUCAAGGUGACGGUAACUGUCAGUUUCGUUCAUUAUCAGAUCAACUUUACCGUUCUCAAGAUCACCACAAGUUUGUGAGACGGCAAGUUGUUUAUCAGCUUACAUCGAAUUCAGAGAUGUACGAGGGUUAUGUUCCAAUGGCUUAUGGUGACUAUUUGAAGAAAAUGAACAAGAAUGGGGAAUGGGGUGAUCACGUUGCGUUGCAAGCAGCUGCAGAUCUGUAUGGCGUAAAGAUAUUUGUAUUAACUUCCUUUAAGGAUACAUGUUAUAUUGAGAUCCUUCCACAUCGUCCAAAGUCUGAACGAAUUAUUUUCUUGAGUUUCUGGGCUGAGGUGCACUAUAAUUCGAUUUAUCCCGAAGAAGGUAAUCCUAAACACAGCAACAUGCAUAUAUUUAAACUUUGUUGCGAUUCUUAAUUUAACCCGAGUAGCAUAGAAAUAUUAUUUUGAGUUUGCUUGUCUAUUUAUCUACUCCAUGGUUUUAAGAAAUGAAUACGGGUACUUGUUUCUGUUUUUAAUGCAUUUAUUUCUCCAAAUAGACAUUAUUUU